GUUUGUGAACCAAACACGACAUUGCUUGCUCAUGUAUUAGUAGAUUACGAAUCUGAUGAAUCAGACCAAUUGUCUGAUUUUGUAAAAUCGCCUUCUGAAUUUAUAUUUUCUGACCAGGAAGAUAUUAGUACCAUGGUGGAUAACAAGUUUGAUGGACCAUCUGAUCAUUUACAAUUGACCUCUGAACUUAACUUUUCUAAUCUGGAAGAUAUUGAUAAAACGAUAAAUAACAGAUCGGAAGAAUCAGAUGAACCAGACUCUUUAGAAUUAACCCUUGGACGUACUUUCUCCAACUGGGAUGAACUUAAGAAUUGGAUAUACAGAUUUGCAAUAAAAGAGGGGUUUAAUUAUAAGGUUAGAACAAGUGGAAUAGUUAAAGGCUUAAUGCGAAGGGUUACUUAUGAAUGUACCAAGUCUGGAGUUCACAACUCGCAAAUGUCAUCAGAUUCAACCAAGAGAC